UUUGUUGAUGGGUGUAUUGGAGAUAGACUCGUCGUAUUGUUUGCCCGAUAAAGAGACGCUCAGGCGAGCUCAUUCACAGACAAAGGUUCAGUUGGAUUGGUGAAUGCAGAAAUGACGGUAAUCAUAGUGAAACCGACGUCGUCUCGAGUCGUGGAGCACGCGUUUGGGGUGUGCUAGCCGUUAGCUUGAACAGCGAGUUAGCUGCCUAAAAACCGAUACGAGGGGUAUAAUGAUUUCUGCAGAGAUUGGCUCUCCGGAGAACAGCGAUCCAGUCCGGGGUUUCCCGCCGCCUCACGCCGACGUCCAUUAAAUAUCCUGAAGUUGACUGGAGAGUGUAGGUCGAGUCUGGCUGAGGGCUGCCGUGAAUGGAUUGACAUAAGACGGAUUUGCCUUUUAUCAGGUGCUUUAGUCUCUCUGGCAGCAUGUCAGUGUUACAGUUCGUCGCGAAGACGCUAUUGACGCGAGCCUAGGGGAGAUCCAUCGAAAGGCAAUGCCGAAGGAUCUGUCGUGUCGUACAGGCGGGGAAUAUUAUUAGCCCUCAGACAGUGCAUCUGUCUCUCCGGUAGCCAUACAUGUCAUCAGUGGGAAUAUGUCCAUGAUCUUACUCCAAACAGGGAUCAUUAAAUGAAAGAUCUGAAUAGUACUGUUGCCCAGAGUCAUCUUUAUACCAUUUCCCAUGCCGACUAUCCUGAAUUCCUCCUCCCUCACCCUCACUUGCUUCAGCUAUGCCUCAUACUCCCAAAGCACCCAAGAAGUCAACUUGUGCAUCCAAAAAGCAAAAUGUUAGGAGGGUGAAAGCUUCCAUGACAAGGAGGCAAACGGUCAACUAUCUUAAAGCCAAUGGCAAAGUCAAGAAAGCCAUAGACAAGAUACAGACAGCCCAGAGGACUGCUGUCAGCAAGAACAGCAAGAGGACAGUCAAGAAUGUCCUCGUUAAAGGAUCCAGGCAAACGCGUGGUUCUUUGAACCAAAAUGGCUUGUUGUCAAGACGUAAUGGGAAAGGGAAGUCACCUCGCAAUAGUGUCUCGUGCCCGAGGGAAGUUGAGUCCUACAGGAGAGUGGUUACAAAGAAAAAGGGAGGUCUGGGGGUCAGGGAACAGGACACUGAUACUGAAAGGUCAGAUGUUCAUGAUCCUGAUGGUGAUGGACAACAAAAGGGUGCUGUUAUUCCCACUGGAGAGGGACAGAGCGUUAACAUAAGCUUAGAGCAAACUGCGGAGGAUCACAGAGAGGCUGUUGUUCACAACACUGACAAGACAGAGGAUGAGCCGAUGAAAGCAGGCACAGAAACUGUAGAAAACGAAAGCUGCUCUGCUCCUAGUGAGCAGCCGAACUCUGCGUUUGUUGAGCAGCGUGACCCUCAUGACCCUGUCAAUAAUGUGGACUUUGCCUACAACAAUAAUACCUCAGGCCCAACAACUCCCUCCCCUUUACAAUCAGAUAAGUAUGUUUCAGGUCAAAUCGAGGAGGUUCAACACGACAAUUCUUGUCAAACCACUCCAGAAAAGUCUACGGAGGCAUCUGAGACUCAGUCCUCCAAUGAAUCACCAGCACUUGAAAACACUGCAGAUGCUCCCCAGAAGGAAAAAAAUGAGCUUGAAAGCACAGCAGACAUCGACACCAAAUAUGAAAUUGACGAUGCUGAAAUGUCGAUGAAGAAAGAGGGAGCGCUUUCCCUCCUCUCGCUGAGCAUGACUAUUUACAACGGCGCUCUUUGUGAAAUGGGCCGUGGGCCUGAGGCGACGGCGUCACUCUCCAGUAGCACAGAAAGCACCCAGUCCUCGUUUGACAGCGACUCCGAGUCGAUUCUGGAGCACAGGGAGUCAGGAAACCCUCCUCUCCAAGUCGAGGAUAUUCAACUGCGUUUGCUUCAAGUUCAAGAGAGGAGAAACAAGAAAAAGAGAAUUCAUUGCGGUGUUUGCACACCCUGCCUGCGCAAAAUCAACUGCGGGGAAUGCAGGAGUUGCCAGAACCGAAAAACUGGCCAUCAGAUCUGUAAGCUCAGGAAAUGUGUUGAGCUGAGGAACAAGCCCCACAUGAUCUGUACGAAAGAGGUUGAGUCAGAGGCAAACUCAGUAAAUGGCACAAGCUCAGAGCAGAUGGAGGAGACCUGUGCGACACCAGAGGAAGAAGCGCAUUACAUAUCCUUAACACACAAUGUUCCACCUGAUGUUCCCACGCCUCUCCAGCAUGGCUUGUUACCAGCCCCUCCUGGAAAGGAGCCCGGGACAACUGAUGUACUUCUCCCUCACAACAGUGCUCUAACAUCUCAUAAUGGUGCUGAACACAUGAAACCAAACACUGAGAGACAUGUGGAUCCCACCGAGCCACAUGCCUCAAUCCAUAGAUCCAUGAGUCAUGAGUCCGAGUCCAUUCAAGAACAGACGGUUCCUCUGAAGAAGAUCAAACUGGAGGAGCAAUGGGUUGAGAUUGAUGACCCGCACUUAAAGCACUUAGAGACCAACAGGUGCUAUGAAGAUGCUUUGUCUACCCUAGCAGCCGUGGUCUGCUUUUCCAGUACAGAUAGGGAACGUCUAGAGGAGAGGCUUUAUGGGCCUCAUGCCUGUUUAAAAACUGAGCCGAAAGAAGAACCAUAUCAGUGUCAGUUAAAUCAAGGAGAAAGUCCAGAGGAACCUCAUCAGAAUGAUAACAUUGCACUAUCUUUACCCAGUGUCCAGUCUCUGGUCCAGCAUAGGAAUAUUAGUGUUGAUCAGGCUAUAGCUAUUGAGGCCUUGACCCAACUGGCAGCUACCCCACAAACAGUGCCCUUUGUAAACGAUAACCAGAGUCAGGAUGCUCAGCGACAAAUGUCUAGCGACCACUCUCUUCGAGAGGCUAAACCAGUUUCAGAUGUCUUCUCUAAUAAGGUCUCUGUAAUCAGUUCAUCAUUGCAACAGACGUCUGUCAUCCGCAACCCUCUGAACAGGCCAGCCAACUUCACCCAAAGUCAAAAUCAGCAUUGUGCGUCUACCUCCAGAAAACUGUCCUUGAAGGAUCUUCUGGCGGCCAGCUCGGAAUGUGAAAAGCUAUCUUAUACCGCAGAGAACCGCAGAAACGGCCAAGCACUUUGUAAAUCUGACAGGUUAGAAGGCACUUUCAAGAAGUACAAGCAUGGAGAAGCGACUCAGAUCUCGAGAAAGAGGGACGAGGAGGAAGUUGCAGCUCAAUUGGUGCAGCUUGCGUUCAUGAUCGAAUCCCGGCAGAUGCAAGUCUCGGAAAACAGUCCCCCAAAAGGUAUGCCACCCCAAACCAUGAAAUACAAUCAUAAUUAUUUGGGGCAGCACUUAAAGAAGCCAAGGAAACCUAAAAUGACACCUUCGAAACCCAGGAUGUCUAAGAAGAACGCUGCUGAGAUCGAGGGCAACCAUUGCAGGAUUCCGUUGGCCAAGAGGACGCCCAACAGGAAAACCCCACUCAAGGCCACCAUUCAGAAAGCCAUUUUGCAACAAAAGAUGAGACUCCAGCACAAAAGGAGUCCAUUUCUUCCCCAAGCGCAGAUAGACCUGAAAAAGUACAUAGCGGAGGCUCAUCACGAGAACAGGCAGCUCUUGUACUACAGCAACUCUCUGAAGAAAGAGAACUUUGAAACGAUCUUAGGCUCUGGUAAGCAGAAUGGCUUUCACUUUAAAUAUGAGCAUGGAGCUCAAAGUCAUUCUUUACCACCACCAAACGGACUCUUUCACAAUCAUACGAACGACCAUCUAGGUGCUAGCCAGUGGCUGAGGCAAGAAUGUGAACAACAAAUGAUUUCUCAGGUAUCCAAAACCUACGAUGUGCUAAAUCAUGGUGCUAAGCAACAACCUCAGCAAACCAUGGCCAGUGAACCCUGUAAAGACUUGCCCCAAAGCCCAGGGAUGUACCUUAAAGCCAACGGCUUUAAUGAUCAUCAACACUUGCACACAAAUCAAAAUGGUUUUUACAAAGUGGAGCAGUCUGGAGGUGUUACUGUGUUGUCCACAUCCAGUGUACAAUUGGAGAAUGGGGACAUGGUGAACACUGGAGAACAGACUCCUACCAAGCACACGAUCAACAGCUUCUUGGAGUCACCAAUGAGGUUCUUGGACACACCGACCAAGAAUCUCCUCAACACCCCCUCUAAACAAACCACAGAGCUGCCCUCCUGUAACUGUGUGGAGCACGUAAUUGAGAAAGAGGAGGGUCCUUACUACACUCACCUUGGAGCUGGCCCGAAUGUAGCUGCUGUGAGAGAGAUGAUGGAGAACAGAUAUGGCCAGACAGGCAACGCAGUCCGUGUGGAGGUUGUUGUGUAUACAGGCAAAGAGGGGCGGAGCUCACAAGGUUGCCCAAUCGCCAAGUGGAUCAUACGUCGAGGAAGUGAGGAAGAGAAGUUGCUGUGUCUUGUGCGGCAGCGUGCUGGUCACUGCUGUCAGAACGCAGUGGUAGUCAUUCUCAUCCUGGCCUGGGAGGGGAUCCCACGCAGUGUGGCUGACAGGCUGUACCAGGAGCUCACACAGACUCUCUGCAAAUAUGGCUCGCCCACUAGCCGACGCUGCGCCCUCAAUGAGGAUCGCACAUGUGCGUGUCAGGGUCUGGAUCCAGACACAUGCGGCGCCUCUUUCUCGUUUGGUUGCUCCUGGAGUAUGUACUUCAAUGGCUGCAAGUUUGCACGAAGUAAAACGCCCCGGAAGUUCAGACUGCAGGGAGACUACCCUGAGGAGGAGGAGAAGUUGGAGAAAAACUUGCAGAAUCUGGCAUCAGAUUUGGCCCCCGUGUACAAGAAACUUGCUCCUGAGGCCUUUCACAACCAGGUGGAGCAGGAGCAUCAGGGGCAGGACUGUCGGCUGGGCAGGACCGAAGGUCGACCGUUCUCUGGUGUGACUGCGUGUGUGGACUUCUGCGCUCAUGCCCACAGAGACACACAUAACAUGACCAAUGGAAGCACUGUGGUAUGCACUUUAACCAAGGAGGAUAACCGCGCAGUGCGGAACAUUCCAGAGGACGAGCAGCUGCACGUCCUGCCGCUCUACAAGAUCUCUGACACCGAUGAGUUUGGCCAUGUUCAGGGCCAGUGGGCCAAAAUAAAGUCUGGGGCCCUGCAGGUCCUCUCUGCUUUCCCAAGAGAAGUGAGGAUGUUGGCCGAGCCCGUCAAAUCAGCACGCAAGAGAAGGAUGGAGGCUAAAAGAGCCCAUGCUGAGAAACUUAGCGGCCUGGACAGUAAGCAGGGCACUCCUGUAAAAGGGAAGAACGUGCAUCUUAAAGGUUUCAAACAAACUUCUGCUGAACAUUCACCAUGUUUGGAAAAGGAUACUUGUAAUUUAAGUUCCAGCAUGCGAUUAUCUGGCGUUGCAACCAUUGGAGACCAAUUCUCAGACUUGCGCUCUACUGUUCAGAGUAACACAUCCCGCACUCCUCCUGUGGCCUCCACACACCCUCAACCGCAUGAUCCCUCAAGAGGAACGGGCCACAGCAGUGGUUCUCCUUCUCCUAGACACGGACUCGAGACCGUCAGGCAGAUGUCUGAACCGUUCAGAAACUCGUAUCCGAACGACCCUCUGAGAACGAAUUCGAAUUGCUUAAAAUCCGAGCCUGAGGAGCUGCGGUGCUUUCAGGGUGGUGCAGCUCCCACCCUGCUCUCCCCGCCUCCCGCCGAGGGCCUCCACAGUCGCUUGAACCCGGAGGACCACCGCAACUCUCCAGUUACGGCGCAACCCCUGACCCCAGAGGUGGGUAAAGCAGAGGAAGUCUGGUCAGACAGCGAGCACAAUUUCUUGGACGGGAACAUCGGUGGGGUCGCGGUGGCUCCUUCCCACGGCUCCAUCCUGAUCGAAUGCGCUCGGCGGGAACUGCACGCCACCACUCCCAUCCUGCGGCCCAACCGCACACAUCCUACCCGCAUCUCCCUGGUCUUCUACCAGCACAAGAGCCUGAACGCCCCGGGUCACGGCCUGCAACAGUGGGAAGCCAAAAUGGCCGAGAAGGCCAGGGAGAAAGAGGAAGCAGAGCGCCUGGGACUCAACAGGUCGAAGGAGAUGGAUUCGGAAACGGAGAGCGAAAACGAGACUUAUCCAGAUGAGAGACACAAGCUUCAGGUUCCUACCCGUCAGUCGCUAACAGUUCCCCGUGACGGCGUCGUCAUGUCAGCGCCCUACUCCCUCACGCACGUCACUGGGCCUUACAACCGCUGGACGUAAAAUUCUCCGUGCUUGUCUAGCUAAUGCCUUACCUCAGCUAGUUCUCAUCCUUUCAUGCCCAUUUUUUUUUACGUGUGCCCUUCUUCAGUUGUGCUCUUCAUCUCAGCUUUUCUGAAGAAAUAGACAACCGUUUGUGGGUUUUUAACUGUGAGUUUUGGUGUGUAUGUCUGUGUUUUUUUAUUGUAAAGAGAUGGUGCUCAGAACAGAUGUUAUAAAACUGGUUUUAUACAUAUAGAUGAAAUUAGUGCAUAGAAGAUGUGAUUAUUUAUUCUGAUCAUUUUCAAGACUAUUUUGUAAUUUAAUUUCUGGUCCAAGCCUGUUUACUGCAAUAGGAGUAUGUCAUCCUUUAAAUGACGUGUGUAGUAAACACUCCGAAUUGACAUUGUCAAAUGUGAAUUCUAUAUUCUCGUCUCAGCCUUGGGUGCUGUCUUGUCCAACACUCGGUAGUUGCUAUUUUAUGGUGCCAUUGUAGCAGUAAGGUUAAAUGACCAAUAUGAACCACACAUGGGUCAUUGCAGGAACUUUACAUCAGUUUUCUGGGUAUUCGUAUUGGUAUGAAGGUACAUUGUUUCGGCAUUGUUGGGGGUAAUGCAUUUCAAUUAGUAAUCAGAUCACUUUUUUCAAGUAACUAGUAAUGUAAUUAAAAAUAUGUCAGUUACUUUCCCUGUUUUGAGAGAAACUGGAAUGGAGUUCCAGAGACUAUUCAUUUCACUUUCAAUGUGAAAUGGUCUUUGCAGUUGCCAAAAAUAUAACUUUUGAGCAUUUUAUUAAUAAAAAAACCCAACAAGUGAGCCUAGCAUAAUUGACAAAAAGUAACGCAAAAUCAUUGUGAUGCAUUACUCUUCAUAAAAAGUAACUAAUGUAAUUAGUUACUUUUUGGAGUAAUGCAAUGUUGUAAUGCAUUACUUUUAAAAGUAACUUUCCCCAACACUGUUAUUAGACAUAAACAUGGCAUCCUUUCAAAAAGCACUUUGUAUCUUCAGACCAAGCUGACUAUUGAAGUUUUCAAUAUGCACGUUUGGUUUAGUCAUCAUCAAGUAUCUAUAGUCACGUUUUUUGGUGUCAUGAUUAUGAAACUUUGCAUAUUUAAGCAAUAAUCAUGGAAGGUUUUAUGCUGCAUUUUGACAAUGUGUCCAAACUGGUUAAUUUCUGGCACUUAUGUAAAAUUUUAUAGUAUUUGGUCCCAAUUCUUGAUUUUUUUUUUUGUUUUAACUCCCAAAGAGGUUGGAAAACAUGACUUGAAAGAGUUUAAUCAUUGUAUACAAUUCAAGCGUGCUAAGUUAUGUCUAAACAAAUUUACUGUAUGUUUUUCACUGGUGCUUUUAAAGAAAUCCCAUGACACCUCCUGAGAUGUCGUUUCAUAUAUUUUUAUUGCUACAUAGUGCAUUUUUAUUUUAAAUCAAUCACUUAUUGGUGCGAGGGUGGGGUGGAUCAGUGUCUGUGCAUUUUUAUACGCAAGUAUGUUUGGUUUUGUUUCGGUGCAUUGAAUGAAAAAAAUCAAUUUCAUGACUUCGUAAUUGCAUAUGCAUCCAGAGGCCUAGUCAAGAUAUUGGCUUAAAACUAAAGGUUUACAUUACUCUUACAUAAGGUUUAAAGUGAACAUACGGCUAAAAAAUGUCUUGUUAAUUUCAUCUUUAUGGUGCUAAAGAGUGUACGUCAGUGUUCAAAACCAUUGUACACCCAAAAAGCUGUACUUCAGCACUUGAAACAACAUCCUGUCGCGCAGGUUGUGAGAAAUUUGACACAUUGUCUACGAACAUGUGUUUUACUAGUACUCUAGCUGCGACAAAAAUAAAAAAGCUCAACAGAAACCCAAUGUGUACCUGUGUUUUGGGGAACUUGAAGUCACAGAGCGGCAUGGGUACGUUCGCGCUACUGUCUCUUCAAUUAAAUCUAUUUUUGCUGAACAAUGAUAUUGUUGCUUUUGUGUAAAACCAUCAUGUGUAACAAAACGAUAUUGUAACCCUGAGCUGAGUUUGUUUAUGGCUCAAGGAAAGUGCUCAUCAUUGGUGCUCAUUCAUAUAUUAUCCCCUGGCAUUGAAAAAUCUCAAUGCACUACUUCUGGAUCUUUUGUUUUGGCCGGUGCUAAAUGUUUUACUCAGCUUGAAUAUCAUUAGAUCAUGCUAUAUUAUUAAGUGUUUUUUCCUCUUGACUUUAUGUGGCACAAAUAAUACUAUGACCUCACAGUCCCCUGAUGGUAAUUGACUGACACUGAAAUGCCAGUACUAUGAACAUCAGAUAGCCUAAGGGAAUUACCAAUGCAAUUCGAUUCAAUGCUCGCUGAUUUUAUGCAUUUUUCUAAGCUCUUGUUUUAUGUGAAUUAUGGGUUGGCUUUUGUGUCUCUGGUUCAAAUACUGCAUUUCUGUGUAAAUUACAGUAGAUUUAUAAUUGAUUUAUAAUACCAUAAACUCAUUUUGUCGGAUUUGGCUCAUGUGAUCUUGUUUGAGUUUGGAUGAUUAAAUAUGGCUCUCACUGUAACAGUCUGAUUUAAAAAAAAACGUUCCUAAAGUAAAUAUUUCCACAUUCCUUUUAAUAUGUUCACAUUAGGCAUCCCUUGCAUGUUUUUCCUCUUUUUUGUUGUAUUUUUCCUCUUUUCUCAGGUCUCUGCCCAUGUAACUUUGGACACAAGCUUCUACAGUUUUUGCAUUGUCUUCCAAUUAAAUUCUCCAAAAUUUGAAUUUAUUUUCGGAUAUGUUUUGUAAAAUGGAAAGGUUUCCCUUACAGCAUCUUCAUGUAUAUUAUCAGUUUGAUGAUUCUCUUCUGUAUAUGUUGAAUGAAAGCUGAAGUGUGUCAUUUUCGGCUCCACUAACAUCGUCAAACAAAACCAAAUUAAUAAUAAUGAAUAUUUUCUGGCAUUUUUCUCAGAUAAUGAGGCAAAUCGAUGAAUACGGUUGUGUUGGACCGGGUUCGAGCGGUGAUUCGAUUGCAGCUCAGAGAUGCAGAUGCUACACUUGUAGUGAAUUAAACCUACUAUUAACUUGUUUUCUUAUCUUUAUCUAAAUUAGUUAUGUUAACUAUAGAAACAUUUACACACUUCAGCUUUAAGAAUGAAUGUAAGCCAUUACGGGCACUGUUAUAAUGUGGAAUUUUAAACCUCCUCUUACCUACAAAACAAACAAGAACAUAUGAUGACUUGAAGACUUGUGACUUGAAAUGAUAUGUCAAGGAAAGAAACACCAGCUUUUGAGAUUUUUCUUUUAGAAAAUAAAAUGCACAGUAGUUGUACA